AUGAUUCGACACGACUAUCGCGGAUUCGGCAUCCCACCCGGGCCGCCGCAGCUCCCGGAAAUGUUCCACGGUCCCACGUGCAGCCACGGGAAGGUUAGAGAGGACGAGAAGGUUGUUCCUGGCAGUGAGCGCGCUGGCGUCGUGUGCGGCCCGAUGGUUCCCGUAAAUUCCGGACUAGAUCCGAUCAAGCACACGCAGUACCCGUACGUGACCGGCGCUUCGGUGCUGGCGAUGAAGUACAAGGACGGCAUCAUCAUGGCAGCUGAUACCAUGGGAGCAUACGGGCGUACAAUGCGGUACAAGUCGGUGGAGCGCAUGCAGCAGGUGGCGCCGCACACGGUGAUGGGCGCUGGCGGGGAGAUCAGCGACUUCCACUUCAUCCUCUCGCUCUACGAGGAGCUCCUCACGAACGACUACGCAUUUGACGACGGGCACGUGCUGUCCACACGAGAGGUGUUCAACUACAUGACACGUGUCAUGUACAACCGCCGCAACCGCUUUGACCCGCUUUGGAACUCCAUCGUCAUCGGGGGGCUCGACAAGGGCGAACCCUUCCUCGGCUCGGUGACAAUGAUUGGCGUUCACUUCACGGACGACCACAUAGCAACGGGCUUUGGCAGCCACAUGGUGCGCCCGCUCUUCCGCAACGAGCACCGCAACGACAUGAGUGAGGAGGAGGCAGUCAAGCUGCUGGAGAAGGGGCUGAGGGUGCUGUACGCCCGCGACAGCAGCGCGCUUAACAAAUUCCAGGUUGGUGGAAUGGUUAAAUGUUGCCGAGGAAAGGCUGCUGGAAAGAAGGCAGUGAGCAGGUCAGCAAAGGCAGGUCUUCAGUUUCCUGUGGGUCGUAUAGCCCGUUUCCUCAAGGCUGGAAAGUAUGCCACUCGGGUUGGUGCCGGUGCUCCAGUGUACCUUGCUGCAGUCCUCGAAUACCUAGCUGCUGAGGUUUUGGAGCUUGCCGGGAACGCAGCCAGAGACAACAAGAAGACUCGCAUCGUUCCGAGACACAUUCAGCUGGCCGUGAAAAACGACGAGGAGCUCAGCAAGCUAUUGGGAGCGGUUACCAUUGCUGCUGGUGGUGUUUUACCAAACAUUCAGUCCGUCCUACUUCCGAAGAAAUCAUCGGCUGACAAGGGCGAGACCUCAGAAGCUUAG